UUCAUCAUUCUUGCCUUGCUGCCUCGUUUCAAAAAAUAAACAAGCUCUGCCUUGCUGCUGGUUAGUGUGCCUUGGCCUCUGCUGCUCCUUCCUGCUGCUAGUGCUAGUUGAGCUAGAGAAGAGAAGAAGAGAGUGAGGUUGCGCUUGGAUUUGUGCAGAAUACAAGAUGUCUAUGGCCAUGGAGCAGCCGACGCCGCAUGAGCUCCUGAUGGGCGAACUCAUCAAGGGGAAAGAUUUGGCUGCGCGGCUGCAGGGGCUCCUCGGCCACUCGCCCGAGGCCGGCCUCAUCGUCGACCAGAUCCUCCACGCCUUCUCCCGCGCCAUCGACGCCGCCAAGCCCGUGGGAUCGGAGGUGCAGAGAGAGGCCACCUGCGCCCGGAAGAGGAAGGCCGCCGCCGCGGCUGCACGCAGGGAUACAAGCCGGAGAAGGCAAUCGUCCGGGUUCACCAAGGUCGUCAAGAACGUGGAGGACGGCCAGUCCUGGCGCAAAUACGGCCAGAAGGACAUCCAGAACUCGGAGCACCCAAAAUCCUACUUCCGGUGCACACACAAGUACGACCAGAAGUGCGCCGCGCUCCGGCAGGUGCAGCGCUGCGACCAGGACCCGGAGUCCUUCGUGGUCACCUACAUCGGCCAGCACACGUGCCAGGACCCUCACGACAUGGCCGCACCGCCGCACGUCGACAUCCACCAGACCGCCGACGGCGUGCACGCGGGGUCCCACCUUAUCUGCUUCGCGCCCAACGCCGGCCCGGCCAGCACCACCACGAGCGUGACCACAAACCAGACCGGCAUCGGCAUGGACGGCGCCGCGCCGGGAUCGGCAUCGGGCCUGCCGAUCCUGAAGGUCGAGGGCGGCGACCAGGAGGAGGUGAGGAGCUGCCUCACCCCCGGAAGCUCGGCUGUGCACAGCACCGCGGCUGCCGCCGGCGCCGGGCCGGACCAGGGUGACGUGUCGUCCGCCCCGCAGUUCUACGAGGAUGGCGCUGCUGACAUGGGAGAGUUCUUUGGUCUUGAAGACAUCUUCGAUCUCGACGACCACUGAUUUAGUUGGGAUGUUUGUCCGGAGGAGUCGCUCGAUCCGUCGCGUAAUAUGGAAAUAAUGGCCGCGCGGAUCUUUUUGUCUUGUUGAUCUGUAGUUUAGUUUGUACAUUCUUGGUGUGUAACCUCGGUUAGAAUGAAGCUGCAGGUGUGCUAUUGCUAGCUAGCACACACCUAGGCGUCCUCGCUUAUGGGCAAGCCUUGUUUAGGAGCAGAGUUUUCGUCUUCCUCAAAGAACUGAGCAGUGAAAACAGAGGAAUUCAGUACAUUUCGUGCUCCAGCUCUCUCUCCUUUGUCCAAAUUUAGCAUGUUGUGUUCGCAAUCUGAAAUUCCUUAAAGA